AUGGGUGUCUUCCAGCUGACCGGUUCUCGCGACCCGGAUGCAUUCCCUGCCAUGCAACUCUUUCUCCUCGCAAUUGUCCGAUUGGCAGAACCCAUUGCCUUGACAUCCAUCUUUCCCUACGCCUGGGCUCUUGUCAAGGACUUUCAGAUUGGCGACGAAUCCCAAGCCUCGGUCUACUCAGGAAUCCUCAUCUCAGCCUUCUCUCUCGCCGAGGCUGCCAUGGGAAUGUACUGGGGUGCUCUCUCUGACCGAAUAGGGCGCAAGCCUGUGCUUAUCAUCGGGUCUGGGGGUACUAUCAUUUCGAUGUUGACCGUAGGACUCGCAUCAAACUUCUGGGUUGCUCUGUUUGGACGGUGCCUGGGUGGUUUGCUCAACGGUAACAUCGGUGUUAUCCAAACAAUGGUAGGCGAGCUUAUUAGAAAGCGAGAGCAUGAGCCUCGCGCAUUCUCCAUUAUGCCCUUCGUAUGGAGUAUCGGUACUAUUAUCGGUCCUUCGAUAGGAGGACUGUUUGCGAACCCCCACCAGUCGUGGCCCGAGACGUUCCCCACCGGCAGCCUGUUCCAGCGAUUCCCAUAUCUGCUCCCCAACCUCAUCUGCUCCGGACUGCUUCUCGUGAGCAUUGUGCUAGGUUUCUUCCUUCUUGUGGAAACCCACCCUGAUAUGCAGCCCAAGCCCGUCCAGCCUGCUGAGCCUGAAAACGAUGUCACAGAGGAGACUGCUCUGAUCCCCACUACGGAUGCCCAGCCCGAGACAUAUGGUGCUAUCGAGACCCCCAGCGAGGAUUGGGACCCCCUGCUUGUCGAGGAUGAGAAGGAGGUGCCCGUGUCCUCUUUCAAGGUCUGGAACCGCCGUGUUGUUGGUUUCAUCGUCGCCUUGUCCAUCUUCACCUACCACUCCAUGACGUUUGAUCAUCUCUUGCCCAUCUUUUUCGAAGAGAAGCGCGCAGUUGCCAUCGAAAUGCUCCACUCUGCCUCCAUCUUCCCAUUCUACUCUCCCGGCGGCCUGGGACUGACUCUUCGCAACGUGGGCAUGAUCUUGGCUGUGGAUGGCGGCAUCGCCCUGUGCAUCCAGCUCUUCAUCUUCCCCUGGGCGGCUAACAAGUUUGGCACCUACCGCCUGUUCAUCGCCGUCACUAUUCUCCACCCCAUCGCCUAUAUGCUAAUGCCGAUGCUUCUUCUCGUCCCUGAGGCUCUCGUCUACCCUGCCAUCUACUGUUGCCUCAUCGUCCGCAACAUUCUCUCCAUCAUCCUCUACCCCCUCCUCAUGAUCCUCAUCAAGGAGGCCACUCCCGCCCCUAGCGCCCUGGGUAAGGUCAACGGACUUGCUGCUAGUGCCGGCGCAGCCUGCCGAAUGAUCGCUCCUCCCAUCGCCGGCUACCUCUGGAGCUUGGGCAGCAAGUUUGACUGCUCUGCCCUUGCCUGGUAUGGAAGUGCCAUUGCUGCUGUUUUCGGAGCCAUCCAGUGUUUCUAUGUUCCCCGUCAGAAGAACGAGGAGCCUACCGAGGAGACUCCCUCUGUGCCUCACAAACAGAACACGACUGUCACUGUCACCGAGGUUGAGUUUUACGACUCGGAGUGA